AUGCAAUUCCAAGAUCGGGAAUAUCUCGAAACCUACCUCGUAACGCUCGUUCAACGAUUAGACGUGCCUGAUCUUGGAUUACGUCAUACACGUGUACAUGAACUCUAUACAGCGAUUACGACCCUGAACCGACAACUCUCGGCCGAACAAUUUGCCAAGGUCUUGGAUCAUUUGACUCCCUUACUCUACAAUUUACUGCAAAAAGAGACUUGUGAAAGUGCUCAAUUAGGGGCGUUGCUCGCCAUGGAAUCGCUCUUGGAUGUAUCGAAUGAAGACCAAUUUAUUCGAUUUGUCAACUAUCUCCGGUAUUUCUUGCAACAAUCGCAUACAAGUCGUCAAACACUUCUUGCAGCUACCAUUGCCAUGGGGAAAUUAGCAUCUUCUAGUGUUCGUGGCACGCUGGUUGCAAGUUUUGUGGAUUUUGAAGCAAAACGAGCGUUUGAAUGGUUAAAACAGCACGAGACAACAACGACGAAAACAAUUUCAUCCAUGAGUUUAGCACGGUAUGAAGUGGUCAUGACUCAACGACGAUUAGCUGCUUGCUAUGUCUUGAGAGAAUUAGCACAAGCAGCACCGACGUUAUUUCAUGUGAAUUUAACGACUUUUUUUCAAACCAUUUGGGGAGCAAUUCGAGAUCCGCGACUUGAAAUUCGAGAAGCUGCGACAAGUGCCGUUGCUGCUUGUUUACAAUUGAUUACGAAACGACAGACACGACAUCGAGUUCAAUGGUAUUGUAAAGUCUAUGAUGAAGUCUUUGAAGGAUUAAGUACACCCAUGCAACGUUCAUCGUUGUCGGGGAAGAAACAUAGUAAUUGUGAGAGUUUGUUGAAACCACAUGGAGCUACUACGACUGCUGCUGGUGCUGGUGGUAGUAGUAAUAGUAGUACUAGUAGUACGUGGGAAUGUGCCCAUGGUUCGUUACUAGUGAUUGGUGAAUUGAUUGCUCAUACUGGAAGAUUUAUGGUCCCACGAUUUCGAGAAGUGUGUGAUACGGUCUUGAAAUAUAAAGAUGCAAAGGAACGAGUUGUGAAUCGAGCGGUUUCGAGACUCUUGCCACAAUUUGCGGAAUUCUGUCCAGGAGCAUUUGUCCAGUACUAUCUAGAUGUCUCGGUCGCACACUUGACAAAACAAAUUCUAGAGUACUCGGCUCCACCAUCGGAACGUGGAGUGGCUUUCUUAGCAAUGGGGAAAUUAUCUUUAGCUGUACGUGAUGCGUUGCUACCACAUCUUCCUCCGAUUUUGAAAUUAGUGAAAGAAUCGUUGGCACCACAUAUUGGAACCAAACGCAAACGGACAAGGAAUAAAUUGUUUUGUGUGCAAACGCUCACGUGUGUUGCAAAUAUGUCACGUGCAUUGGGACCGCGAUUUGAGCCAUUCUUGUUUCAAGAUGGAGUGCUGGAGACCAUGAUGAGUGGCGGUCUGAGUGACGAAUUGAUUGUUUCGUUGGCUGAAGUAGUGGCCAGUGUACCAAGUGUAUUGCCGUAUGUACAGGAACGUUUGCUCAAUGAAAUUUCGGGUAUAUUACGUGGCACUCCGUUUUCGCUAGGGAAUGCUACUACUACGGCUUAUUUACCUGGAAGUAGCGGUGGUCCAGCAAGUUCAACAAGUGGAGAUGGCGGUGACAUGACGUUAGAUGCAUCAUAUUACGACACGUCUAGUGAAGCCCCGCCUGUUAAGCAGACGGCUGUUCAGGCGUUGUUUUCGUCGAUGAAGCGGGGAUUCUCAAGUGCUGAAAUGGACUUAACGACUGGAAAUUGCUCACUUAUGAUCAUGGGCGAGACAGACGAUGAGAUUGAUAUCAUUCUGUUGUCCCUGCACACAUUGAGUUGCUUUGAUUUUAGUGGCAGCUUUUGUCUUCUGCCUUUUGUGCGCGACUGCGUUGCGCUAUAUUUGAAGAACUCGGAUGCACGGAUUCGAAAGCAAGCAGUGAUCACAUGCAGCAAGUUAUUGCUUCCAUCACCUGAAUCGCCAAACACGGCAUUAAUGUCGUCGUGGAGACACGUCAAGAAGCGUGGACCAAGUGGUCGUGUAAUUGAUCUUGUUCUUAUACAACUUCUUCAAGUCGGUAUCUCAGAUAUGGAUGGGGCUGUACGAAGAAGCGUCGUGGAAUCUUUGGACACGCGGUUUGAUGAGUUCCUGAGUCAAGAAACACACUUGAGAUUGGUGUUUCUGCUACUAAAUGAUGAAAUGGCUGCUAUUCGCGAACAUGCUAUGCAAUUACUGGAACGCCUAGCACCACGUAAUCCAGCGUUUGUGAUGCCAUCACUGCGCCGAGUGAUUAUUCAAUUGGUCACAGAAUUGCAGUAUACCUCUGAUCUACGAAUGCGCGAGGAAAGCACCCGACUUCUUGGAUACCUUAUUCGUGGUGCACAGCAUUUGGUCGAUCCGUAUGUAAUGCGCAUCCUGGAGGUGCUUUUACCUGUGCUUGUCCGUGGUAAUGCCCCGUCAACAAUAGCGGUCCUGAGAACCCUGGGAGAGCUGGCACUAGUUUCACGUACCCAGAUAGCUGCGUACGAGCGCUACCUCUUCCCGCUCAUCAUUCACACACUUCAAGAUCACUCCUCAAUCGAGAAACGGCAGGUGGCCUUGCAGACGUUAGGCAAACUUGCGGGUAGUACUGGAUGUGUAGUUCGCCCGUACCUGGCAUCGCCAAAACUGCUAGAAAUCUUUCUCAGUCUCCUGCACCAUAAUGUGGGUAGCCCGUGGUCGCUGAGACGCGAAGCAAUGAGAACUAUUGGCAUUCUUGGUGCUCUUGACCCUUACAAGUACAAGUUGUGCAUGUCGCAGGCAUCAUUACGGCAAGCUAAUGAGGUUGCAUCUACAGCUGAUACCUCGACGGUUACGGAGAUCGAGGAGAAGGCUGCUGACAAUGCCACGUUUGGUGUAUCAAAAUCCGUUCCUGCAUCACAGUAUCCAACACUAAACAUUGAUCUCAAGGCGUUGGGUGUGACGAUUAACCUCGCGAGCUUUGAUCGGAAGGCAACGAACGACGCACUGGACGAGAAACAACAAAUUGAACUGCAGCUAUUUACUGCUGCGCCUAUUGGUACCAGAAAAAUUGAUGCUGGCACUGCUGCUGGAACGUUUAGCAUUGGCUCACAAUCGUCUCAUUCUGCUAGGGGCAUGUCUGCGGCCUAUGCGGGAUCAUCAUCGUCAAUUUUGUCAUCUUCCCGCAAGAAGCAACAAGGAGGCUCUACUGGUAUGAGCAUUAGCGACGAUGCGUUUGACUUUGAAAGCUCACUAAUGGAUAGCGAACUGGAGCUUGAUCCAACAGAGUUGUCGCCAGCGUCGGAGGCGUACUUCCCCACGGUAGCUAUUCAUGCGCUGCUGCGUAUUCUACGAGAGCCGUCGCUCAACGCUCACCACCACGGAGUCAUUCAAGCUAUCAUGUUUAUCUUCAAGAGUCUCAGCACACAAUGCGUGCCAUUUCUCAAGUUCAUUUUGCCUCCUUUUCUGCGCGUACUGGCACGCGGUGAGCCGCGGCUUCGCGAGUCGCUGUUUUUACAGCUAACUACGCUCAUAUCUAUUGUGAACGCUCACAUGAAGCCAUUUUUUCCACCCACAAUGGUGCUUGCGCUGCGUUUCUGGGAAUCACAUUUGCCUCAGAUUGUGCGUCUUGUAGAGAAAAUCUCGCAGGCUGCACCGCACGAGUUCCGAACGCAGUACUUUCCAAAGUUAUUGCCCAAGCUGCUUGAAGUUCUUCAACCUCAUUUUGGCUUGGGUAGCAGCGCUACUGACGGAGACAUUUCUGGACCAACUGCAGGGGGAGGUGCUGCAACCACUAUUGCUCAAAGCUCAGGAGAUGGAGUAGGUGCGAUUGGAGGAGGCAGCGAUAAUCAUGGACAGGGAAACAGCAACGCUUCUGGGGGAAAGAGUGAUCUCAUGUCGAGUACUUAUGAUGGCGUUCAAAAUGGUGGUGCAGACGCCAGUACUGUGGCAUCGAUUCAGGUACAAGUAGUUCAGUCGCUCAUUGUGUUCGGCGAUGCUGUGGAUGAUUAUGUAUACUUGCUCGUACCUGCACUUGUACAUCUCAUGGAAAGCUUGGACACGCCACUUGAAGUAAAGAUCACGACAAUCUAUGCGCUAGCGCGAAUAAGUGUGGUUGCCAAUUUUGAACAGUAUGCUGGACCACGCUUGCUCCAGCCUUUUGCACGAGUAGCUUCGCAGGUAUCAGCUAAGGGACCAUUCUUCUUUAGCCGCGCAAGUGGUAAUGCCAGCGUUGGUGGGAGUAGUGGAACAAGUGUGGCACCAUCGUCGGGAGGAGGAUCAACUGGUGUGGCAGCAGCUCGAAUUGCAACUACAAAAGCAGAGGCUACACGGUUUUCAGAAGUGAUGCUGUACGCACUAAGUGCUUUAGUGUUUCAGCUGCAAGCGGAGAUUUUGAGCUUUGAACCGUUACUGCAGCAGAUCAUUGCGUCCUUGCCGUUCUCUCACGAUGGCAGUCUAACUACAGCUGCAAGUGCCCGUGAAAGCAACAACCCGUCUUCGUCUCCUCAAGCCAUGGUGCAGCGGAUAGCUCAGGUGCUUGAAAACUUACGACGAGGUACACGUGUUGCACGUUCAUUUCUAGACGAUUCUGUCUUUAUGACGCCAACUUUACGCAAAUUCUCGACCAAGCUACAAGCUCAGACUGCAGCGUCAAUGACUCCAGCGGCAUCUUCACCGUCAAAUGUACGAUUGCACGUCAACCAGCAGAAUUUGCGGCGGGCGUGGGAAGCGUCUCAACGCAGCACGAAGGAGGACUGGCUUGAGUGGAUGCGGCGAUUCUCGAUCGAGCUACUUCGUGAAUCUCCCAGUGCUGCUCUACGUUCGUGUUGUGCGUUAGCACAGGCAUAUAACCCGUUGGCGCGUGCAUUAUUCAAUUCGGCAUUUGUUUCUUGCUGGAAUGAGCUCUACGAACAGUACCAGGAUUAUCUUGUGCGUGCUCUCGAAACUGCCUUUCAGAGUGACACAAUCCCGGCUGAGAUCUUGCAGACAUUGCUGAACCUAGCUGAGUUUAUGGAGCACGAUGUGGAAGCAUUGCCGAUCGAUAUCCGUGAGCUGGGCGAGCUGGCACAAAAAUGUCACGCUUAUGCUAAGGCGUUGCAUUACAAGGAGCUUGAGUUCCACACAUCGCCUAGCACUUGUAUUGAGGCGCUUAUCUCCAUCAACAACCAGCUGGGUCAACCGGAGGCUGCUGUUGGAAUCUUAAAGUACGCACAAGCAUAUCACAGUCGCGUGAUUCAGGUCAAAGAGACGUGGUUUGAAAAGCUGCAGGAUUGGCGUGCAGCCCUUGCCUUGUAUGACCGACGACUCCAGUACGCUCAGGAGCAUGACGAUGGCGCUCUGGGACUAGAUAUUGAAGUAUGUAUCGGGAAAAUGCGAUGCUUGGAGGCGCUUGGGAAAUGGGAGGAGCUAAGUGCGUUAGCUGCGCAAGUGUGGAGUCAUUUGCACUCACCUGAACAAAAGCAGAACAAAACUAGUGCACCGCCUUCUCGCGGUCGUCUAUUGUCUGCUGGUCGGGCCCCUCUCAGUAGUACUUCGGGCACUAGUUCUGGUCGAGGCAACCCCGCUGCUCUACGCAAACGCAGCAACAGCAGCCACGGCUCGUCCCCAUCUCAAGCUGCAGCAGGGGCUCCCCCAUCGUCGUCGUCUUCGUAUCAAUUGGGAGGGGAUGACCGCGGAGACGAGGCCACUGCACUUAGACGAGUGGCAAUGCUUGGUGCUCGAGCAAGCUGGUGCUUAUCGCAAUGGGACACCAUGACGCAGUAUGUGACAGAGUGCGCAGCGCAGAAUGACUCGAACAAAACCAACAACGCGGUCAUUUCGAAAGCUGCAAGUGGCAAUGGCCAUGGCUACGGAUAUGGACACACUCAAGGCCAUGGGAUCUUUGGUGCUGAUGAAGAUGUUACUGAGCUGUCGUUGUAUCAGUCCAUUUUGGCCGUACACCAAGGGACAUUCGCGCAAGCAGAAACACUGAUUGAUGCGACGCGAACGACUCUUGACACAAAACUUAGCGCACUUGUGGGCGAGUCGUACAGCCGUGCAUAUCGUAGUAUGGUGACAUUGCAGCAGCUUAGUGAAUUGGAAGAGAUUGUGACGUACAAGAAACUUCGAGCUCAGAUUUCGAAAGGCGAAGAAGCUGCGCGCUACAAAAGACAUUUGAUGCGUAUGUGGCAUGAUCGUCUUUCAGGCUGCAAGCGCGUGGUAGAGGUGUGGCAGCAGUUGAUCGCUGUCCGUGCUUUGAUCUUGUCACCGCACGAAGACAUCGAUACGUAUCUGCAAUUUGCUAGUCUGUGUCGUCAGUCUGGAAAUCUGUCAUUAUCUCUGAAAGUCUUUACUAACGCACUGCAUAUUCAUGGCGGCGCAGAGUCUACUAGUUCUGGAAUCUCAGCGAUGUUAAAAGUGGCGCCGUCAGGAUCAGGAUCAGCUGCAUCUUUUGGCUUUGGUGAAAAGGACCGCAAUCGGGUUGCAUUCGCGUACCUGAAGCACCUUUGGGCUGCAGGACAAAAGCAAGAAGCGCUUUCAGACUUGCACCAAUUGGUCAUCCGUAUUUCGUCCAUGGCACGGCAACGGUCCCAAGCUUUAGGCGGGACGGGUAGCAUGCCUUCUUCUGCGCCAGCUAUGAUGUCCACGAAGAGUGAAGAAGAGGAGCUGCUUGUUAAGUGUCACUUAAAGAUGGCCGAGUGGCAGCUUGCUGUGCACGACCAGCAGAUUGAACAUGUGCCCGUGGAGAGUGUUUUGUCUUCACUGCGUUUGUGCACGGAGCUGGAGCCGCGUAGCUACAAGGCAUGGCACGCAUGGGCAUUAAUGAACUUUCAGGUAGUCGAGCACUCGACACAUAGCCAGCAUAUUUCAGCUAAUGCAACGACGUCAGCGGUCGCGGCAUCUGCAGCAGUGGCUCCGUACAUUGCUCCAGCAAUUGAGGGCUUUUUUCGGUCGGUUGCAUUGGGUCGCAGUCGCUGGGCUGCCAAUGUCCAGCAAGAUAUUCUGCGCGUGCUCACGCUUUGGUUUGCGCACGGUCACCGCACUGAUGUACAUGCAGCCUUGGAAAAAGGGUUUCGUUCCGUAAGCAUCGAAACGUGGCUCAUUGUGAUUCCCCAGCUAAUUGCGCGUAUUCACACUCCUUACCCGCGUAUCCAGAAGCAAUUGCAUCGUUUGCUUGUGGCUGUGGGCAAGCAGCAUCCGCAUGCACUUAUCUACCCCUUGUCAGUUGCGCUGAAAUCUUCGGUGUGCGAACGCCAGCAAGCCGCUGAAGCUAUCAUGAGCACGAUGCGUACUAACUACGUGAAGCUUGUAGACGAAGCGUUGCUUGUGAGUCGUGAGCUUAUCCGCGUUGCCAUCUUGUGGCACGAGAUGUGGCAUGAAGGUCUGGAGGAGGCUUCGCGUCUUUACUUUGGUGAGCACAAUGUGGACGGCAUGGCUGAAGUGCUGCGGCCAUUGCACGCGAUGAUGGAGCGUGGUCCGGAAACCCUUCGCGAGGUAAGUUUCCAUGGAGCUUUUGGCCGAGAUUUACGAGAAGCCAACGAGUGGUUACAGCGGUUCCUGAGCAAUCGACGCAAUGAGUCGGACUUGAACCGCGCAUGGGACCUGUACUACCACGUCUUUCGCCGCAUUAACAAGCAGCUACCGCAGAUUACAACUUUGGAACUGCAGGUCGUUUCUCCAAAUCUGUUGUCCGCAAGAAAUCUGCAGCUUGCAGUGCCAGGUACAUACCGUGCUGGUCACGCGAUUGUCAAGAUUGGUAGCUUCUUACCGACGGUGGCAGUGAUUACAAGCAAACAGCGACCUCGUCGGAUCACAAUUGUUGGUUCCAACGGUCUGGAGUACAUGUUUUUGCUCAAAGGCCACGAAGAUUUGCGCCAAGACGAACGUGUGACGCAGCUCUUUGGUUUGGUAAAUGCGUUGCUGAUUAAUGACAGAAAUACGUCGAAGAAGGACCUGAAGAUCCAUCGAUACCCUGUCAUUCCGUUAUCUGACAAUGCUGGAAUCGUUGGCUGGGUGCCACAUUGUGACACACUUCACCAAUUGAUCCGCGACUAUCGCGAAGCUCGCAAGAUUUUGCUUAACAUUGAGCACCGAUUGAUGUUGCAAAUGGCACCGGACUAUGACGCAUUGACAUUGCUUGAAAAGGUGGAAGUGUUUCAGUAUGCGCUAGAGAACACGGCCGGCCAGGAUUUGUACAAGGUGCUUUGGCUUAAGUCUGAAAACUCGGAGGUUUGGCUUGAUCGACGCACGAAUUACACGCGUUCCCUUGCCGUCAUGUCAAUGGUCGGCUACAUUCUUGGACUCGGCGAUCGCCAUCCAAGCAAUCUGAUGUUGCAUCGCUUUACGGGAACCAUCGUUCAUAUUGAUUUUGGUGACUGUUUUGAAGUCGCGAUGGACCGCGAGAAAUAUCCUGAAAAGAUCCCGUUCCGCCUGACGCGAAUGUUGACAAACGCAAUGGAGGUGAGUGGAAUUGAAGGUAACUUUCGGUUUUCGUGCGAAAGCGUGAUGGCUGUACUGCGCGAGAACCGUCACAGUCUCAUGGCAAUGCUGGAAGCUUUUGUGCACGAUCCAUUGAUCAACUGGCGUCUGCUUUCAGCGACAAAUGUGCCACCUACGAGUCACGCAGGUAGUUCGGUCGCAUCUAGUGUUGUAUCUUCAUCGAUCGUGUCGAGCACAAACAGCGAAAGUGACGAGAGUAUUUACGACCCAUCAGAAGCUUUACCUCACAUUCCAUCGGAUAAUGCGUCCCAUAGAACUAUGGGAGCUUCAUCCCACAAACCAUCAUCAGAUAAUUCAUCGCAUCGAUCUUCAGGAAUGUCGACUCCUGGUCAUGUUGAAGAAGAGGUACCGCGCCGUCGCAGCGAAAGCAUUUCGAUCCCCGAACCGAAACCUUCGUCGACAGCAACACUGCUUGACGAUCGAGAUGAGCCUCGACAAAGUGUUGAUCAGGCACAAGCUACUGAAGCAGUUACUGCGCGUGGGCAGGAUGAAGAGCAAAAGGCAAACGAAGUGAAAGUAACAACGGACGAGGACAUGGCCACCGCCCAAGAAGAUGCAGAUGAUAGUGAUCACCAAAGAGAUGAUGAAACUAGUACUCCUGCUCUGCAGCGCGCCAAGCCACCUGCACCACGUCAAGUGAGCACUAGCCUGGCUGCCACGUGCCAGCUUCCGCCACGUCCGGAAGCGAAAGCAGCGGAGCCAGCUCUGUUACCGUUGCCGUCAUCGUUGUCUUCACGACCGAUGAGUCUUAGCAAGUCCAUCCCACUUCCUAUGCGCAAGCUUCCACCUCGUGCUCCGACAGGGAGCCGAGUAUGCGAGGAUGCUAUCGACGAAAACGAGGAGGCCAAUGUUGUUGAGAAGAUCAACUAUGCUACGACGAAUUUGCACGCAGAGAUUUCGUCCCUAGCGGCCAGCGUCUCUAGCGUCGGCCAUUCCAGCCUAAGCCGCAGUUUUUCCGUCACGCAGGCUCAACUUCAGGCGCAGCAACCGAAGCAGCAGCUGCGACGGCAGCAGCCUGAGACCGCCUCAGGAGCUCAAGCCGAUGGAAAACGUCAGCCAAGAGCGCCCAGUACUCCGGUAGGUCCCCCACUACGGAUGGCUCCGACCGCGUCGACGUCAUUUGUAUCAGUAACGGCUGCCGAAAUUCCGCCGUCGACGGAUGCAGUAGCACCGUCAAUAACAAACGACAUGCAUACGAACCGCAGCAUCUCUGAACGUGAGCUUCUCAAUGCUCUGGGACCCGAAGGCAUUGCAGCACCUCGCGUUGCAUUAAACGAAAAAGGCUGUCGCUGUUAUUCGUCGUGUACAGGCAAAACUUUCAGGUCGUGA